CAGCUCUUACGCAAAUGGUUGGAGCAUAUUCCAACCUAGCUUUCGGCUCGGCUACUAGUGCGCAGAGAAUGUGAAGAAUGGACCCGGGACCGUGGAUCACAAGGAGAACAAAGGAGGGCAUUUAAGCUUUCCCGCAUUGCAUUACAGGCCGGCAACACGUCAACCAAGCCGGUAGUCGGUUCCCACGCCCGGAACAGUCCUCCCAUAUACCUAGCGCGCCCGCCAAUCUCGCACAUCUCCCCUCUUGCAGCACUUGGGCUCUUGCAGCACUUGCACUCCCAAACCCCUAGGCAAGGAGUAAAGAGCGCCCUCCGUCAUGGAAGACAACACCGGGCCAGGGGCCCCUGAGAAAGAGCCAUGGAUAAUGGUUGUCGACGAAGCGAGCGAGGAUGACCCCGAGCUCAUCGACCUGGCCGUGCACGUUGCCCGAGGGUCCGAAGCGAGGGUCGAUUCUGACAACGACGACGAUACCAAGUCCGAGUGCAGCGACUGGGCAGGGGCAAGGGAAGCCACGGGGCUCACCCCCUCGUCACAGCUCGACGAAGAGAAGUUCGACGAGGGCUGGGCCGAAGUGGAAUGUGCCGAGAAAUACCAACUGCAAAGUGACUCGGCUGCGGACUCGGUGGCAGUUCUCGUCCUCAAAGAGCCAAAGGUGGACAGCGUGCCGCAGGCCAAGGAGGAGGAGCAGCGGCAGCGGGGCGUCGCCGCGGGUAGAAGCCAACAAGCCCCGCCAGACCUGCCCAAGCCGAACCAGAUUCAGCCCACGCCCCCCAUCUUCAGCUCCAGAGACCUCUCAGACGCGCUGGCCAUGGAGCUGGUGGGUUUGCGGAUCCCGCAGCUCGUCAAGGGCGACCUGGCCAGCCUGGCGCACGUCUUCGAGCCGCCGGUGAAGGACCGCGACGCCAAGCUGGCCGGCAUGAAGGUUGCGCAGACGCUGAUGUCGGACCUCGUCGACGUGAUCCGCCCGGGCUCGGCGUCGUGGUUCGGCGAGCGUGUGGCGUCGCUGCUAGAGGACGAGAGCUUCGCGUUCGGGGCUCGUUAUCAUCCCGAUCGGGCCAGAAAGACCUUCAGGGAAUCUGUCAAGGCAUUGGUACAGAUACGGAUGAACGAGGCUUCAAAGUCGGUGCGGGGGGGGGGACGAGCGCCCGGAAGUCAAGAACAGUCUUUGAGAGCGUGCAGGGGACGCUGUGGGGGAGGCUAGCCCCCAGGACACCUUUCUCGACAUUGUGCGGGAUCGUAGGUUGCCCUCAAUACCUGUACUAAGAAGUGACUCGCGCCGUCGAUGUUGAGGAUGGGGAAAUAUGAGAAGUGUACGGGCAUCAGUUGCCCGUCUACGGAAUACAGUCCUAGUCCUGAAUGUUUGUUUGCGGGGAGCUUUUCAUGCCUCAAUGGCUCACGGUUCGCCCGAUAGACUUUUUGCCAAGGCAGGUAAUAGCUAUUAGAAUCUAUUGUAUGUACAAUCCUAUAGGCCUGCCUCUACCUUGGAAAC